GAAAUUCUGAAAUUAUGUGAUCUCACGACACAAAAUCAAAUUUCGAAGGUUAUUUCUUGCAGGCGUUUUAAUCCUAGCGCUAUAUUCCACUAAUAUCCAUCUUUUAUGAUUUAGCAGGAGGUAAACAAGCACUUCCUCUCACAUCAAAAUGUACAGGAGAUAUCUUUUAAAAAACCGAUAUUUUGACAUUGUUAUUUUCCUUCUUCUACUUUUUAUUUUUGUCAUUUUAAUUUCUUACUUAGUGUACAUUAGUCAAGGCAUAAGUUUAAAUUAUUUUGAACACCCUUUAGAUGUCGACUUGUAUAUGAUAUAUGAAAAUGAGUUCAAGACUGCCGUUAAUAAAAGUUUAAUUAAACCUAUCAAUCCUACUAGCUUUCAUACUAUUCUCAGUCCAAAGUAUUCCUGUGAAUUACCUGAUCAACCUAAUGUGUCACCUGAACUAGUCGUUUUUGUUAAAUCAGCAUUAAUGCACUUUGAGUCACGUAACAGCAUACGCAAAUCUUGGGGAAACCCAAACUGUUUUCUUCAUUUUGGCGUACGCACAAGAACUUUAUUUGUUCUUGGUAGAUCUGAAUUUACUGGUUGGGAAUAUUCAGACAUACAAGGUUUGGUGAAUGAAGAAAAUUCGAAGUAUGGUGAUAUUGUUCAGUUUGAUUUUGUUGAAAGUUAUCACAAUGUCACGUAUAAGCUUAUAGCAACUUUAAAUUUUGCCGUUAAUGAAUGUUCUUCUGCUCGAUUUCUAGUUCUGAUUGAUGAUGACUUCAUCAUGCAUCCACCCAAUCUGCUUCAAACUAUUUCUGAAGUUACUGAAACGCAUUAUCCUACAUAUAUAGCUGGGGAUGUAUUACGUGUGCCCAGACCAGUAAGAAUUCCAUUCAGCAAAUGGUUUGUUCCUUAUUCUGAUUACCCUUACAGUUUAUAUCCACCAUUUCCUUCCGGUGGUACUAUUCUCCUCAGCAAACCUGUUGCACAACUUCUAUCUGUUGGAUUGAGAUAUACCAAACUGCUCCCUUUUGAAGAUGUCGUUAUUGGUCUUGUAUUAUAUAAAUUGGGCAUUAGUCCAGUACACUUAGAUGGUGUUUUUUCAGUUCGUUUUUCAAAUGGUCAUAUUGAUAAUCUUAUUAGUAUUCAUGGAUUUCGAGAUCAUUCUCUUUUCAGAUCUGGUUGGAAUGAACUUGGUCUACAGAAUAUUUGUAAAGAUUAAUUUUUUAAUUGAUGGAUAAUCUCUUUUGUUUUUGUACUAUUUAUUUGUAAAAAUUGACUUUUAUAUCAACUAUAAAGAUGUUUUUAGUGA